AUGGCAGAAAAGCUUGCAACACGGUUUGGAAAUCUUGUUUGGUUUGAUGAUAGUACAGGUACAACGUGGGAUGAUUAUAUGUGGAUAAGAGUCAACCUUUCCAUCAACAACCCUCUCAAAAAGAAACUGAAACUCAACAUUGGUGGGGAACUGGUGGAAUAUAUGGUUAAAUAUGAGAAGCUGCCAUUAUUUUACCAUUCUUGUGGCAGAAUUGGCCAUCCCAAACUCAGAUGCCCACGACCGUCUAAUCUCCAGGUGGAUCCAUUUGGUUUAGAGAUGCGAAAAAGGGCGCCAGGACCAAGGAAUUGGCUGUCUCAUACAGCUAAGAAGGAGGAUGCUGAAAUUUGGGCUAUCCUGAAGAAGAAGUUUGAGAUGGAAUGCACUGGUUCUAAUUUUGAGAAUGGAACCCCUCUAGCAAGAGAGGAGGUUGCAAGAACCAGUAAGGAGGAAGCUAUGGGAGGAGAGAGGAAUGAAAGGGAGAUGGAGCAGCCUGCUGCUACCUCGAUGAAGGAUAACAGUGGGAACAAACCACAGAAGCCUCUCGAGGCUAAUGUUCCUCCUACAAAGGGACAAGGAAAGGAGUUAAAUCAAGAGAAAGAAGCGCCAGUGGUGGGAGCCCUACAAAAAUUCAAGAUGGGUAAUGGGGUGGGUCUUAUAACAAGGCGGCACACAGGGAAUGUAUGGCGUAGACAAGAACAGAAAAAAGAGAGAUAUCAACAAGGAACUCAACUCACUCCACAGAAGAGGAAUGUGGACACACAAGGAGGUGAUAUGGACAUAGACCUGGAAGUUCCAAAACAUCCGAAGAAAGCAAAAGUUUUGGAUUUUCAUGUGGGUCAGGACAAGGAUCAGCAGGGGAGACUAAAUAAUUUGGAUGGCGAUUUGGCGGACUCUGUCGUAGAACAGAGCCGCCCAGCCCAAUGA